AGUGGAUGCAUCAGACUGGCUGAUGCAUCCACUUGGUUAUCACUGUUUGAUAAUCACCACCAACUUAUAUCAUCAGCUUUACUCUUUAAAACCAACCAAUAUCCUAACAAAAGACUACAUCAGGAUGCUCCUUUUAGGGAUUACGCUGGUUCUUCUCAAUCAAGGAUAUGCACUGAUUUCAGUGACCACGGUUCAACUUGGAGAACCUGUGACCUUCACAUGUUUUUUCCCUGAUUCGGAGUAUAGCAAUACGAGAGUCAAGUGGUACAAACAGAGUAUUGGUGAUACUCUUACAUUAAUUACUACACUGAUGAAAGCUACUGCAAAUCCUACAUUUGAACAAAGGUUUCCUCCCUCACGAUUUGAUGUAAACCAUACAACAACCAUGAGCACUCUGACCAUUUUGAAGACAAUCCAAGAAGAUGAGGCAGUGUAUCACUGUGCAGUCACUACCUGGAGUAAGGAUCAAUGGAGUGGCACGUAUUUGUCUUUAAAAGGAAACACUCAGAGAACAUCUGUUGUUCAGGGGCCGACGGUAUCUGAUCCUGUUCAUCCAGGAGACUCCGUCACUCUUCAGUGUUCAGUCCUCUCUGAGUCUGAGGAGAAGUCCUGUCCAGGUGAACACAGUCUGUACUGGUUUAGAGUCAGAUCAGGUAAAUCUCAUGCAAGCAUUAUCUACACUGAUGGAAAUAGACGUGAUGAAUGUGACAAGAAACCUGAUGCACAUUCUCCUCGAAAGAGUUGUGUUUAUCACUUUUCUAAGAAUGUCAGCUCCUCCGAUGCUGGGACUUACUACUGUGCUGUGGCCACAUGUGGGGAGAUAUUAUUUGGAGAUGGGACGAAACUGGAAAUUGAAGGAACCAGCUCGCGGCACGGUGUUUUACAGAUGGGCAAUACAAUUAUGCUUCUGUCGUGUGCCAUCUCAGCUAUAAGUCUGGUUGUUAUAGCAUUCCUGAUAUAUGCCAUCAAGAAAUAUAAGUGUAAUUACUGCAAUAAUAAAGCUGCUGUUUCCCUGCAAGAACAUUUUGCAAAAAGAAAUGUAAAGAGAGAUGAAGACACAUGGAUUUAUUCUGCCGCUAUCUUUACCAUGAUGAAAACUGGCAGUGGCGGAACAAGGGAUGCAAAAGCAGUGGAGAGAGAGAGGAUCUAUGCUGCUGUCAAGGCUUUUGGGUUGGAUUAGCAAGUUAACUGGACAGUUUUAGAUGAGUUAGUACCAUAUGUGAUAGUUGAUGUUAUUCUGUUUAAAGCUGAGGGCUGUUAUUAUAUGUGGCUAUUAGAUAAUGCUGUACAUAUAAUAAACCAUAUGUCUUGAUUUUAUGUUUUUGUUAGAUUGAAUUAAAACAAUGCAUUUUGUUCCACUUA